AUGAAGGACAGGUACCUCAACACGAAGUUCCUGCUGAACCAGAGCAGGAACCCCUUCCCGGCCUCCUUGCUGCAGGAGCUCCCCAGUCUGGCCGCGCUCCAGCGUGAAGGCGAACGGGUGCCUUUGGCCCUGAGGAGCAGUCCCCUGAGGCAGUUCUGGGUGAUUCCCCUGGGCUCGGUCGAGUUCCAGAUCAUGCGCCUCAAGCGCAUCAUCGAGCUGCACGUGGGGGAGCAGCGAAUGAUGGGGCAGAUGGAAGACACACCCCUGCUCCUGAUCGCCCUCACCCUGGAGGAGAUUGAGGCACAGAUCGCAAUGGGCACGAGAUCAUCGGGCCCUUCCAUGCGGAGGGGGAUGAUGGCACCCACUGGCAAAAGGAAGUACAGACGUUUCUCCCGCUUCGGCCACACCUACUCGGCCAGACACCUGUAUGCUGUUUGGAGCCACCUGCCGAUCACCAUCAAGGCCCACAAGCGGGGGAUAAGAACAAACAGCACAAACCUUCAAAGGCGUGAUGACCGUCGCGCUCUCAUGAAGGAGGCCAAAGAGUUUGUGAUCCUGCACGACCUCCCGGUGCCCACGACGGACCAGGAGUGGAAGCAGCUCUAUCGCGAGAUGGGGAGCUUUUUCGCCGCCAAGGUCUUCAUCAACCGGACGCCGCAGGUGGUUUUGGACCUCCCUGUAGCGGACAUCCACGACUCCAAGGCGCACAUGCGGCUGCGAGCCGUAUGCGAUGAACGGAUCACCCUGCCCUUGAAUGCCUUCCGGCAUUUCCCGGAGAUUUACAGCUCACUCUCCAACUCGCUGGGCCAGGAGGCGAUGGUGGAGAUCAAGAUGGCGUGGCGCUGCAACACGGAGCAGUGGUGGACAGCCCGCCUCAAGCCGGAGUACGCCGCCCCCAUCUACCGCAAGCUUGGCUAUUCGGAGAGCUACGUCCAGGGCCUUGGACUGGGGGACAUGGACACCUCAGCUGCCUUUGGCGCUGAAAGGAUCCUCAUGGACCCCGGGUCGGAGCAGGAGCGCGCUCUCCCGCCCGUCACCCCGGACAACGUCUCGAGCGUGGCCUCGGACGACUACAAGAGGAAGGCGGGUGACAAGGCGGCCCUGGGCCAGAAUGGAAUUGUCGACAAGAAGAAGGGCGAGACCCGGGGAGGCUACGUUUGCCGUCGCUGUCGGGGAUUCUGGCGCGGCGCCAAAGGUGCCAGCAGCAGCACCGAGGAAAGGCUGUUCAACUCCAGCUCAUCCUGGAUGAGCGAGGCCUGGGUCAAGGACCGGAUCGAGUUCUACAAGAGGGUUGAGCCCACAACGGCCCCUCCCGAUCGCUCCCUCCGUGUCAACCCCAGCCUCAGCUCCAGGCUCCGGUUCAGCAAGACGAACCUCAUGGGCCAUGUCUCGGACAUGAUCUGGUCGGUGGUGCUCUCCAACCCGGAGCGGGAUGGCUUCAAGAAGAUCCACGAACGAGAUCGCAGCAUCCCGAGUCCGCCCGGCCUGAGCCCCCUUUUUGAACAGGGCACGUGGAGGGGGAACCCCUGCCAGGUGCUUAUGGCCCUGAAGGGGGUCUUCCCCUCCCUUCAGGUAACUUUUGCUUUUCUUUGGAGGUGCUCCCUCCCAGGUGCCUUUGGCCCUGAGGGGGAUACCUACCCUGCUCAGGCCUUUGGCCAUAUUUCAGGCCUUUUCUUCGGCAAGGGGAAUGCCCACCGGAGAUGGGGGGACUCCCAGGUGCCUUUGGCCCUGCCGGUCCCCCCCCUGUUUCCAAAGAGGGGCGGACUUGGCUAG